AUGGGGUUGGGAGCGCGCUCCCCGAGGAUGCUCCGGUGGCUGGUGGCCUCGGGGAUUAUUUUCUGCGGGGAACUGUGGGUCUGCGCUGGCCUCGAUUACGAUUACACUUUUGAGGGAAGCGAAGAGGAAAAGGAGGAGGUGAUAGAUUACAAGGACCCGUGUAAAGCCGCUGUGUUUUGGGGUGAUAUUGCCUUAGAUGAUGAAGACUUAAAUAUCUUUCAAAUUGAUAGGACAAUUGACCUUACACAGAACCCCUUUGGAAAACUUGGACAUACCACAGGUGGAUAUGGAGACCAUGGUAUGUCAAAGAAACGAGGGGCCCUCUACCAACUUAUAGACAGGAUAAGAAGACUUGGCUCUGGCUUGGAGCGAAACAACACAGUUAAGGAAAAAGUACCUCUAAAAUUCUCAGGGCAAAAUGAGAAAAAUCGAGUUCCUAGAGCUGCUACAUCAAGAACAGACAGAAUAUGGCCCGGAGGUGUUAUUCCUUAUGUUAUAGGAGGCAACUUCACUGGCAGCCAGCGAGCCAUGUUCAAGCAGGCCAUGAGGCACUGGGAAAAGCACACAUGCGUGACUUUCAUUGAAAGAAGCGAUGAAGAGAGUUACAUCGUAUUCACAUACAGGCCUUGUGGAUGCUGCUCUUAUGUAGGUCGGCGGGGUAAUGGACCUCAGGCAAUCUCCAUUGGCAAGAACUGUGAUAAAUUUGGAAUUGUUGUUCAUGAAUUGGGCCAUGUGAUAGGCUUUUGGCAUGAACACACGCGACCAGAUCGAGAUAACCAUGUAACCAUCAUAAGAGAAAACAUCCAGCCGGGUCAAGAGUACAACUUUCUGAAGAUGGAGCCUGGAGAAGUGAACUCCCUGGGAGAAAGAUAUGAUUUUGACAGUAUCAUGCACUAUGCCAGGAACACCUUCUCAAGGGGGAUGUUUCUGGACACCAUUCUCCCUUCUCGUGAUGAUAAUGGCAUACGUCCUGCAAUCGGUCAGCGGACCCGUUUAAGCAAAGGAGAUAUUGCACAGGCAAGAAAGCUGUAUAGAUGUCCAGCAUGUGGAGAAACCCUACAAGAGUCCAACGGCAACCUUUCCUCUCCAGGAUUUCCCAAUGGCUACCCUUCUUACACACACUGCAUCUGGAGAAUCUCUGUGACCCCAGGGGAGAAGAUCGUUUUAAAUUUUACCACGAUGGACUUAUACAAAAGUAGUUUGUGCUGGUAUGACUACAUUGAAGUAAGAGAUGGGUACUGGAGGAAAUCAGCUCUCCUUGGCAGAUUCUGUGGGGACAAAUUGCCUGAAGUUCUUACAUCUACAGACAGCAGAAUGUGGAUUGAGUUUCGGAGCAGCAGUAAUUGGGUAGGAAAAGGCUUUGCAGCUCUCUAUGAAGCAAUCUGUGGAGGUGAGAUACGUAAAAAUGAAGGACAGAUUCAGUCUCCUAAUUAUCCCGAUGAUUACAGACCGAUGAAAGAAUGUGUGUGGAAAAUAACGGUGUCAGAAGGCUACUAUGUCGGGCUGACCUUUCAGGCCUUUGAGAUUGAAAGACAUGACAACUGUGCCUAUGACUACCUAGAAGUUCGAGAUGGGACCAAAGAAAAUAGCGCUUUGAUAGGGCGUUUCUGUGGUUAUGAUAAACCUGAAGAUAUCAGGUCUACCUCCAACACCUUGUGGAUGAAGUUUGUUUCUGAUGGGACUGUGAACAAGGCAGGGUUUGCUGCCAACUUUUUUAAAGAGGAAGAUGAGUGUGCCAAGCCUGACCGUGGAGGCUGUGAGCAGCGAUGUCUGAACACCCUGGGCAGUUACCAGUGUGCGUGUGAGCCUGGCUAUGAGCUGGGGCCUGACAAAAGGAGCUGUGAAGCGGCUUGUGGUGGACUUCUUACCAAACUUAACGGCACCAUAACCACUCCAGGUUGGCCCAAGGAGUACCCUCCUAAUAAAAACUGUGUGUGGCAGGUGGUUGCGCCAACCCAGUACAGAAUUUCUGUGAAGUUUGAGUUUUUUGAAUUGGAGGGCAAUGAAGUUUGCAAAUACGAUUAUGUGGAGAUUUGGAGUGGCCUUUCCUCUGAGUCUAAAUUGCAUGGCAGAUUUUGUGGUGCUGAAGUACCUGAAGUGAUCACAUCCCAGUUCAACAACAUGAGAAUUGAAUUCAAAUCUGACAACACUGUAUCCAAGAAGGGCUUCAAAGCACAUUUCUUCUCAGACAAGGACGAAUGCUCGAAGGAUAAUGGUGGGUGUCAACAUGAAUGUGUCAACACAAUGGGAAGCUAUGUGUGUCAGUGCAGGAAUGGAUUUGUGCUGCAUGAAAAUAAACACGACUGCAAGGAAGCUGAAUGUGAACAGAAGAUCCACAGUCCAAGUGGCCUCAUCACCAGUCCCAACUGGCCAGACAAGUACCCCAGCAGGAAGGAAUGCACAUGGGAAAUCAGUGCCACUCCAGGCCAUCGAGUCAAAUUAGCCUUUAGUGAGUUUGAGAUAGAGCAGCAUCAAGAAUGUGCUUACGAUCACUUGGAAGUAUUUGAUGGACAAACAGAAAAAUCACCAAUUCUUGGACGACUAUGUGGCAACAAGAUCCCAGAGCCCCUAGUGGCUACUGGAAAUAAAAUGUUUGUUCGGUUUGUUUCUGAUGCAUCUGUUCAAAGAAGAGGCUUUCAAGCUACACAUUCUACAGAGUGCGGUGGCCGGCUGAAAGCGGAAUCCAAGCCCAGAGACCUUUACUCACAUGCGCAGUUUGGUGAUAACAACUACCCAGCGCAAGUCGACUGUGAAUGGCUGUUAGUGUCAGAACGGGGCUCGCGACUGGAGUUAUCUUUCCCGAUUUUCGAAGUGGAAGAAGAAGCUGACUGUGGCUAUGACUAUGUUGAGCUCUUUGGUGGCCUCGAUUCAACAGCGAUGGGGCUUGGUCGAUUUUGUGGAUCAGGGCCACCAGAAGAGAUCUAUUCAAAUGGGGAUGCAGUUUUGAUUCAUUUUCAUACUGAUGACACAAUCAACAAGAAAGGAUUUCAUAUAAGAUACAAAAGCAUUCGAUAUCAAGAUACCACGCAUACCAAAUAA